CGCCAUCCGUCGGCCAGCAACGUUCGCGAAGGGCCAGCUCGGUGUGAACCCGUAAACAGUCCAGGCCCGGGUCCGUGCGUGCAUACCUCCGCCGUAACGCCUGUCGGAAGACAUUGUCCUUCCUGUCUGUCGCUCGCAUUCAGAGGGCCAGCGUGAACGAUGCCGGAAGCAGAGGCCAAUUCCUUGCCGCCCAAGCAGAUUCUCGAGGAGCUAGGCGAAGAGAGCGACGAGUACGACGACAUCGAGGAGGAGGAAGAGAAAGAGGAAGGCGGAUACGCAGACGAGGAGGAAGAAGAAGUCGAAAACGCCGCUGAAGGAGCCGAUGACGGCAAUGAAGGCGGCUCGAGUCUCACCGCGCUGCUGAUCGGUGGUCAUGUUGGCUACCUCUCCUCGCUCGUGUAGCGGUACUGACAUAUAUGCAGGGAGGACCGGCCCCAGACGAAGCGGACGCGGAAGGCGACGAUGACGAGGACGAUGAAUACCACCCUGAGACUGCGUCCAAGCCGGUGGCGGCACCCAUGAUAGGCCGCAAGCGCUCACGCGACGAAGAGGACGAGGAGGAGGCAGCAGAUGGUGCUACUACUGCAGAAAAGCACGGCGCGGCCGGAGGGGAACCAGCUGACAGCGCCGACACGGACGAGCAAGAAACGUCGGCGAAGCGCGCAAAGGUCGAUGUCGUGUAAUGAAGGACUCACAGCUGACGCGCUGACGAGAAAAGAGUCUUAGCCUGUCUGAUGCCUAACAGUUCCAAAUGAUCCGAUGGUGACCUCAAUUAUCUGUUGUAACUGCUGCAAGUACGUUCUAUAUAUCGUUAUUCCUGCUUUACCGUACGUCGGUUGUGACAACGGUCGUGCUGUAUAUCACGCGUCAUAAUAACUGUACACAACACUGGUUGCCGAGAACUAUUCCGGGAUGACGCGG